AUGGAGCACCAAAGCGAAGGAUGCCAUUUUAAAAGUCCUAAAAGAACAAAGGAUUCUCAAAAACAAGCUCACAGACUUGGAGGGGAGAUCGCGGAGAAACAGUAUGCAUGUCUUUGGAAACUGGAGUUACCAGCGGAGACUCCUCUCAUGAUCCAGCGGCACACAGGGCGCCGCCGGGAGACCUGCUCAGGACACUGCUGGGAGACCUGGUCAGGACACUGCUGGGAGACCUGCUCAGGGCACUGCUGGGAGACCUGCUCAGGACAGCUGCUGGGAGACCUGCUCAGGGCACUGCUGGGAGACCUCCUCAGGGCACUGCUGGGAGACCUGCUCAGGACACUGCUGGGAGACCUGGUCAGGGCACUGCUGGGAGACCUGGUCAGGGCACUGCUGGGAGACCUCCUCAGGCACUGCUGGGAGACCUGCUCAGGACACUGCUGGGAGACCUGCUCAGGACACUGCUGGGAGACCUGCUCAGGACACUGCUGGGAGACCUGGUCAGGGCACUGCUGGGAGACCUCCUCAGGGCACUGCUGGGAGACCUGCUCAGGACAGCUGCUGGGAGACCUGCUCAGGGCACUGCUGGGAGACCUGCUCAGGGCACUGCUGGGAGACCUGCUCAGGACACUGCUGGGAGACCUGCUCAGGGCACUGCUGGGAGACCUCCUCAGGGCACUGCUGGGAGACCUGCUCAGGACACUGCUGGGAGACCUGGUCAGGGCACUGCUGGGAGACCUGCUCAGGGCACUGCUGGGAGACCUGCUCAGGGCACUGCUGGGAGACCUGCUCAGGGCACUGCUGGGAGACCUGCUCAGGACACUGCUGGGAGACCUGCUCAGGACACUGCUGGGAGACCUGCUCAGGACACUGCUGGGAGACCUUCUCAGGGCACUGCUGGGAGACCUGCUCAGGACACUGCUGGGAGACCUGCUCAGGACACUGCUGGGAGACCUGCUCAGGACACUGCUGGGAGACCUGCUCAGGACACUGCUGGGAGACCUGCUCAGGGCACUGCUGGGAGACCUGCUCAGGACACUGCUGGGAGACCUGGUCAGAGCAGCUGCUGGGAGACCUGCUCAGGGCAGCUGCUGGGAGACCUGCUCAGGAGCAGCUGCUGGGAGACCUGCUCAGGGCAGCUGCUGGGAGACCUGCUCAGGACAGCUGCUGGGAGACCUGCUCAGGACAGCUGCUGGGAGACCUGCUCAGGACACUGCUGGGAGACCUGCUCAGGACAGCUGCUGGGAGACCUGCUCAGGACAGCUGCUGGGAGACCUGCUCAGGGCACUGCUGGGAGACCUGCUCAGGGCACUGCUGGGAGACCUGCUCAGGGCAGCCGCUGGGAGACCUUCUCAGGGCACUGCUGGGAGACCUGCUCAGGACACUGCUGGGAGACCUGCUCAGGACACUGCUGGGAGACCUGCACAGGACAGCUGCUGGGAGACCUGCUCAGGACAGCUGCUGGGAGACCUGCUCAGGGCACUGCUGGGAGACCUGCUCAGGGCACUGCUGGGAGACCUGGUCAGGGCACUGCUGGGAGACCUGCUCAGGGCACUGCUGGGAGACCUGCUCAGGGCACUGCUGGGAGACCUGCACUGGGCGCUGCUGGGAGACCUGCUCAGGGCAGCCGCUGGGAGACCUGCUCAGGGCACUGCUGGGAGACCUGCACUGGGCGCUGCUGGGAGACCUGCUCAGGGCAGCCGCUGGGAGACCUGCUCAGGGCAGCCACUGGGAGACCUGCACUGA